CGAUAACUCGUUCAAAGAUACUACUAAAAGCGUCAACGUGUAGCACUCUCCCUUCGUUUAGUGCUAAAAACGCUGAAAUUGCCCCACGUUUUUUUGGCUGUGCUCUCUAACUCAGUUUCUCCCAUUAAAUUUGAGGAAUUAAUUUUUUAUAAUAUCCAAUUUGCAGAAAACAUUUGUACGUAUAAAUUAUUACCAUGUGUGGAAUAUUAGCUGUUUUGGGCUGCUCUGAUGAUUCUCAGGCAAAGAGGGUUCGGGUUCUCGAGCUUUCUCGCAGAUUGAAGCAUCGUGGGCCUGACUGGAGUGGAAUAUAUCAUGAUGGGGACUGUUAUUUGGCCCAUCAGAGACUGGCCAUCGUCGAUCCAGCUUCCGGCGACCAGCCGCUCUUCAACGAGAACAAGAAGAUUAUAGUCACUGUAAAUGGAGAAAUCUACAACCACGAAAAGCUUCGUGAGCUUCUACCGAAUCACAAUUUCCGUACCGGAAGUGAUUGUGAUGUCAUCGCUCAUCUCUAUGAAGAAUUUGGAGAGGAUUUUAUCGAUAUGCUCGAUGGUAUGUUUUCGUUCGUGCUGCUCGAUUCUCGUGAUAACAGCUUUAUUGCGGCUCGUGAUGCGAUUGGAAUAACUUCUCUGUAUAUCGGCUGGGGGCUCGACGGCUCUGUUUGGAUAUCGUCCGAGCUCAAAGGUCUUCACGACGAGUGUGAGCAUUUCGAGGUUUUCCCGCCAGGUCACAUAUACUCGAGUAAAAAUGGAGGUUUUAAAAGGUGGUAUAAUCCUCCGUGGUUUUCCGAAUCUAUUCCUUCGACUCCUUACGAUCCGCUAGUUCUGAGACGUGCUUUUGAACAAGCUGUUGUGAAGAGGCUUAUGACUGAUGUACCCUUUGGAGUUCUUCUGUCGGGAGGGCUCGACUCGUCGUUAGUCGCCUCUGUUACCGCUCGUUAUUUGUCGGGCACGAAAGCAGCUAAACGAUGGGGUUCUCAACUUCAUUCCUUCUGCGUGGGCCUUGAGGGAUCACCCGAUCUAAAAGCUGCGAGAGAAGUUGCUGAUUAUUUGGGCACGGUUCAUCACGAGUUUCACUUCACUGUCCAGACAUAUGACGUGACUACGAUCCGAGCAAGCACCCCAAUGUUCCUCAUGUCGCGUAAGAUCAAGUCGCUUGGGGUCAAAAUGGUAAUUUCUGGUGAGGGCUCGGAUGAGAUUUUCGGUGGUUACUUGUACUUCCACAAGGCCCCGAACAAGGAAGAGUUUCAUCGUGAAACUUGUCGAAAGAUCAAAGCACUUCACCAAUAUGAUUGUUUGAGGGCAAAUAAGGCAACUUCCGCAUGGGGUCUCGAAGCUCGGGUCCCCUUUUUGGACAAGGAGUUCAUGAAUGUGGCUAUGAGCAUUGAUCCCGAGUGGAAAAUGAUAAAACCCGACCAGGGGCGAAUCGAGAAGUGGAUUCUUAGGAGAGCUUUCGACGACGAGGAAAAUCCGUAUCUCCCCAAGCAUAUUCUGUAUCGGCAGAAGGAACAAUUCAGUGAUGGCGUCGGUUAUAGUUGGAUCGAUGGGCUUAAAGCUCAUGCGGCCGAGCAUGUCACGGACAAGAUGAUGCUUAAUGCCGCGCAUAUCUUCCCGCAUAACACUCCAACCACUAAGGAGGCCUACUAUUAUCGGAUGAUAUUCGAGAGAUUCUUCCCACAGAACUCGGCCAAGCUCACGGUUCCUUGUGGGCCCAGCGUGGCUUGUAGUACUGCAACUGCCGUGGCAUGGGAUGCAUCGUGGUCGAAAAACUUGGACCCUUCUGGCCGGGCAGCCUUAGGCGUGCACGACUCGGCCUACGAGAAUAAUCCACCCAACAUUGGCUUGGCAGCAUCCAAUGUAGUUGGGCCCAUUCCACUAAACAAUGGGCCGAGCCCACCAGAGCUCACUAUCCGAAGCUAGUAUCUUUCAUGGUGUCAAUAAAGGCUUAAUUAGCCGUGUGUGAGGCAGAUUUGUUUGGUGUGUUGACGAAUAUGAUGAAGCUACGAUAAAAAUUGUUGUUUGAUGUAUAACGAAUAUGAUGAUGAUCAAUGCUACUAUGAUGGGUUUGUUGUGUAGGGAAAAUGGUCGAGCUUGAGCUUGAUUAGUAGUAGCUUCUGUUUUUUAUGUCUCUUUUAUUUCUUUGUUUUAUGUUUGUCGGAGUCGAUGCUUGAAAGGAGUUGUUAUGUGCAAUGCAAUAUAUUUAAUAUGCACGAUAUCGGUUUCGGUUUUGGUUUCUUGUAUACGAUACGACCGAGUGUGAACUUUGCUAGGUCGAAAUGAAAUUGGUGAUAUUUUUAUACGGUACGCUAUUUAAAACAUUGAAUUUACACGUACACGUACACACAUAAUAUUUUUGGCAGAUUCAUUCAUUAAUAUUAGUAAUUAUUAGUGAUUUUCUAGGAAUUUAGGCAGUUUUAUGUACUCAGUACAUCCAUAAUUCAUCCACAAAGCCUAGAAAUUUUCAAGUUAGGCUCUCCUCUUGGUAAUUAUUUAUUUGGAUUUUUG